CUGCCGGUGGCUGAUCAGACUUCACGACCUGACGACUUAGAGAAACGAUUGAGACAUGCAGUGAAGUCGACUUGUGAUUUGGCCGACAUUCUUCAUGUGCAGAUUGUGCAUGGGCAUACAGGUGAUCCUCCCACUGUCGGCGAAAAGCAAGCUGUUGCUGGUGUGAAAGCUGCGCUCGACAAUCUCAUCAAUAAGCUGAAUGUUUUAUUUUCUCCUGGAAAUUGA